AUUAAUUCCAUAUCGCCUCUUGCACGUCGCUAGUCGAUGAGGGUACCGCUCACUGCGGGCGCCCUCCUGGUUGCCUGCGUUACCGCCAGAGAAUCGAUCAGCUUCGUGGGAGAGUGCGUCCGCAACGGUUUGGACGAUGGCGUACCCCUCAUCCAGACGUACGCCCGCACGGCCUACGCCAUCGCGGCUGCCUCGCAGCCGGAGGAGCCGUUCGUGCGGGCCGCCGCCAACCGCACCGUGGCGUGCGCGCCCUACGCGGGCCUUGGCAUGGCGCCCACCGUGGGGGUGGACUCGGUCGCCAACGUCAUGAGCUUCUACCCGCCGCAGGCCGCGGACAGCUGCAGCUUCAACGAGCACGACAGCUCCGUCGGCCCGCGCCCGGCGCUCCUGCAGGUCGGCCAGCACGUGACCGAGACCUUCCACGGGGUGCCGCCGCAGGCGGUCGUGUGGGCCUACCUGGCCGGCGCAUUCCUCGUCGUGGCCAUCAUGUUCCACGCGGUCGUCGGGGUGCAGUACGACGCCCCCAAGGGGCUCGCCGCGAGGUACCCGGAGGCCGAGGCCUGGCACAGGAGCAAGCUCGACUGGCUCUGGAUGGGCUGGGCGACCCCUCUGAUAGCCCGCUGGGGAUGCUCCGAGAACGAGUCGCUGACCAAGAUCCACCCCGCCGACAUCCCCAUGAGCGACCCGCUGGACGAGUGCGACGUCUGCUUCAAGAAGUUCAAGGGGCUCUGGAAGGAGGAGGUCAACCGGGUGGGCCUCGCGAACGCGUCGCUGCUCAAGGUGGUGACACGCUUCGUGACCUACAAGAAGGUGUUCUCCAUCGGCCUCUGGAACGCCGUCUACGAGGGGUUCCUGUUCAUGGGGCCCCCGAUGGCCAUCAAGUGGGUCAGACCCGCGUCGCCACCGGGGCGGGUCGGGCGGGCAUGCCAGCCCGUGGGGGAGCGCUGCGUGGCAGGCGCGGCUGCUGCGGCGGAGGCCCGCGGGGGGCCCCUCGGCGCCUCGGCCGCCGCCUCCUGCCAGCGGGUGCGGGCCCAGAGCCCCGCCGAGGAGCGGAGCUCGAGGGUCGAGGCGGGCGGCUCCAUGCGCCGGCUGCUGGUCCUAACGGACGUGGGCGAGGAGAUCGACGACGAGGCCGCUCUUUGGAUGUUGACGCAGCACUUGCGGAACAACUCCGAUGUAGAGGCCGACGUGGUCUUCACGACCGGGAACACGGUGCAGCGGGCGAUGCGCUGGGGGGAGAUCCUCGCCACCCUCGAGGACGGGGCCGCGAGGCCGAGCGGCGGGCGGCUGCGCUACUUCCUGGGCCCGCGCACGGCUAGGCACGUGCGCUACCCGGGCAGCCUCGGCGCGGCGGAGCUGGGGAAGGUGGGCAUGGGCGGCCUUCACGACGCCGAGUUUGUCGGCGGCCUCUACGACGUCGUGCUCCAGAUCUCCCCCCUGGAGGGCUUCGGCGGGGGCCCAGGGUCGCCGCCCCCUGGCCCGGAGGGCGCCUUGUGGCGGGUGCACCCGCGGCCAGGGGCGAUCGUCCCCAUGCUGAUCGUCGUUGGGGGCGAGGGCGCCACCAACUUCCCGCUGGACGAGCUCCACACCUGCUGGAAGGCUCUCCUCGUGGAGAGGGGCUUCCGCGCGGUGCACGUGGAGCAGAAGAACUACGUCCGUUGGACCCCCGAGUUCUUCGGGCACAUGCCCCCCGGGCUGGUCGACGUCGUCCUCGAGGACGAGUGGAACAAGUCCGUGGGCAGGAUCCCGCCGUCCGCCGCCAGCCUGAUGGUGCGGUUCCGCGUGAACGCCCAGGUGAACUACGACGUGGUGGCCCGGGCCUACGACGCGUUCUGCACGCUCCACGGGCGCAGCUCGGCCUUCGCCGAGGCAACCGGCUGGUGCCGGGCGCUGUCCUCGCAGCUGCGGGAGUGGGUCGCGGCGGGCUACGUGCGGCGGUCCCGGGAGGCGGACGAGGCGGCGGGCGCGGGGGCCCAAGGCAACGCGAGGAUCUCCGCCCGCGUCCCGGGGCAGACCCACGCGUGGGAGGCCAUGAUGUCAGAGGCGUGCGCCCGCGACGUGCGGGCGGCGCUGGAGGGCGGGCCCGCGCCGGAGGGGCGGGCGCGGCCGGCGCUGCCCGACCUCAGCGUCGACGAAGCCAUGGGGUGGGCCGUCCACCUGGUGACGACAAAGCUGCUGACCAUCGCCGCAUGGGACGCCUUCGCGUGCGACGGUGCUGGACUUUCGCUCGACCAGGUGCGGGAGUACGUCCUCGGCACAGGAGCGCGGCCCCCGUUGGACUGGCGCGGCUUCCCGCCGCUGCGGGGCGACCUGGCCGCCGUGCGCCGCGAGGUCGUAGGCAACCCGAUGUACGACCCCUGCGGCAUGCUGGUCGCCCUCGCGGUGGUCUCGUCCGGCCAGCAGGCGAGCGGCGCCGCCGAGCUGCUGCGGCGCGGGGAGGCGCUGGCACCGGAGGAGGUCCGCGUGGGCGCCGUGAAGGCGUCCAUGGGCGGCUGCAAGGGCUCCGACUUGGCGGAGCGCCUCCUGGGAGCGGCGGCCGCGGGGUGAGCCGGCCGCGGGGUGAGCCGGCCGCGAGGUGCCGCCGUGUACCGUCGGCCUGCGCUGGCCUGCUGGCCGCCUCCUCGGAGGAAGAGGGUCAGGAGCGAAAGCA